CCACUUUGAGUGUGGGAAUUUCUUUGCUACUCUGGUUAGUAUUGAAGAGUUUUCUUCUCUUUUUGUGCAGGCUGCGGAAACCGCCAGCUUGGAGGAGCAGUUGCAAGGAUGGGGUGAAGUGAUUUUGAUAACAGAUAAAGUUCUUCGCUGGGAGAGAGCCUGGUUUCCUCUGGCACUGAUGAGCGUUGUUUCCUUCUCUUUUUUGAUGAUCUACUACUUGGACCCAUCAGUUCUCUCAGGCGUCUCCUGUUUUGUUAUGUUCCUCUGUUUGGCUGAUUAUCUUGUUCCUGCACUUGCCCCUAGAAUUUUUGGCUCUAAUAAAUGGACUACGGAACAGCAGCAAAGAUUUCAUGAGAUUUGCAGCAAUUUGGUAAAAUCUCGUCGCCGGAUUGUUGGCUGGUGGAAACGUCUCUUCACGCUGAAGGAGGAGAAGCCUAAAAUGUACUUCAUGACCAUGCUUUUUUCUCUUGCUGUGGUUGCCUGGGUUGGACAGCAAGUUCACAACCUCUUUCUCACCUAUCUUAUUGUAAGUUUCUUGUUGCUGUUCCCUGGACUAAAUCAGCAUGGGAUCAUUACCAAGUAUAUUGGAAUGGGGAAAAGGGAGAUAAACAAACUUCUGAAACACAAGGAAAAGAAAAAUGAAUGAAGAAUUAACUGCUGUUCACUCUUGUAAAAGGUGUCCUUGGGAACAGUUUUGAGAAAUAAUGUAUAUUUAAGACAAUAGAAAUUGUGUUGCUCACUGGCUUGUUUUUUUUAUUAGCUCCCUGGUGAAGUUAAAAUGUCACUCUAGUAGCUGCAGUGGGUGUGUCUCUCUUGCUGUGCUGACUAGGGUUCUGCAGCUGAUAUUACAUGAAAGAUCCUGCACUUCAAUGUACAGAGCUUAAGCGUCUUCACCAAACUCGGAGACCCCAUAAAUAC